ACUGUACACAUUUCCUUCCACCCACAAUAUCCCUAUCUCCCCUUUCUCCCCGUGGGUCUCUCUCGCUUCUGCUUGGGCUUCAUAACUAAUUCCAUAACUGUUUGCCUUGCUGCAGGUCAUUCCUCGGCGCCAGCAUUUGUUUUCCUUUCCUUUUCCCUCGCUUGCACUCCCCGCAUUUGAGCUGAGUUGGUAUCGCUUUUCGAGUACUCGCCAUCGCCAUGUCUAAUACCGAUUUCGUCGGGGUAUGUUGUUUCAACCCCCCCCCCCCCCCCACUCAUUCUCCGCGAUUUACGCUCUAAGCUAAUGGGUGGGAAAUGGUCUAAUUAGAAAGCGAUAACAAUCGUCAAGAAGGCUAUCGAGGAGGACACGGCGGGGAAUUAUGAGGCCGCGUACACACAAUAUUACUCCGCCCUGGAAUGCUUCAUGCUAGCUUUGAAGUGGGAGAAGAAUGCGAAGAUGAAGGAGAGCAUCCGUGCUAAAGCUGCCGAGUACAUGGAACGGGCCGAGAAGCUCAAGACGCACCUCGAGGAAGCCAAAGGGAAGAAGAAACCCAGCAAGGUUGGCGUGAACGGGAAGGAGAAUGGGGGCGGACAGAAGGGGAGGUAUGUUUCUGCUUUUCGGGAAACUAUGGGAGGGGGGGACUAACGAGGGCCGCAGCGAUGAGGAGGACGCCGUUGAUCCAGAGAACAAAAAGCUGAGAGGAGCACUAGCUGGAGCAAUUCUUACGGAGAAACCGAACAUUCGCUGGGAGGAUGUUGCUGGGCUGGAAGGUGCUAAGGAAGCGCUAAAAGAGGCGGUCAUCCUGCCAAUAAAGUUCCCCCAUCUGUUCACCGGAAAGAGGAAGCCGUGGAGGGGUAUUCUGCUCUACGGGCCCCCCGGUACCGGUAAGAGUUAUCUUGCGAAGGCUGUGGCGACGGAAGCGAAUAGUACUUUCUUCUCGGUUAGCAGUUCAGACUUGGUUUCCAAGUGGAUGGGUGAGAGCGAGAGGUUCGUAUUCCUUCGGCCCCGGAGAUGUCACCGUAGGAGAGGGGGUAUUGAUGUGGUUCUCACAGACUUGUGAAGCAACUAUUUGCAAUGGCGAGAGAAAACAAACCCUCGAUUAUCUUCAUUGACGAGGUCGAUGCUCUCUGCGGAACCAGAGGAGAGGGCGAGAGUGAAGCUAGUCGAAGGAUAAAGACUGAGAUGCUGGUUCAGAUGGAUGGCGUAGGUCACGACACAUCGGGCGUGUUGGUGCUCGGGGCCACAAAUAUCCCAUGGCAAUUGGAUUCUGCUAUUAGACGACGGUAUAUUACUCUCCGGGGAGGUUCAGAUUGGUUUUGCUAACUCCGGAACAGAUUCCAGCGAAGAAUACACAUCGCCGUUCCUGACCUUCCCGGGCGAGUCAAGAUGUUUGAACUUUCGGUCGGCUCAACACCCUGUACCCUCACUCCUCAUGACUACAAAAACCUCGGCCAAAUGUCAGAAGGCUACACCGGCAGUGAUAUCAACAUCGCCGUUCAAGACGCCCUCAUGCAACCAGUCCGGAAAAUCCAAACGGCGACCCACUACAGAAAGGUGCUUCCUCUGGUUCCCCCAGCUUUCAUCGCAACUGACAUUUCCGCAGGUCAUAACACCCGAGCAUGAGGAAAAACUAACACCAUGUUCCCCCGGUGCUCCCGGGGCAAUGGAGAUGACUUGGGUAGACGUAGACCCCGAAAAACUCAUGGAGCCGCCCCUAGAAUUAAAGGACUUUGUAAAAGCCGUGAGGAUGAGCCGACCCACCGUCAGCAAGGAGGAUGUCAAGAAGAGCGAUGAUUGGACAAAGGAAUUUGGAAGCGAAGCUUAAGUUAGAGAAUCAGGGAAUUACCACCUGUAACAGCUGGGAGAUUUUCGGUUUCGGUCUUUGCGGAUCUUUUCUUGUCAGUUGGUCUAGUCGGAUGGUCUGGUCUUGCUGCAGCGUUUAGCUUAUAUAUUGGGCUUCAUGUGGGUAUUUUGCAACUUCCUCCCCCUUUUCCUCUCUCAGCGCGGUACUUUGGCGGGCUUGUUGACUUUGAGGGGGCUGGGCUGGAAUUGGCUUGACGGGUUUAUGAUCUUUUACUUGAAUUACGGAAGUGAUGAUGACUGGGGCGUUCCGAACGAAUGUUGUUUCAACAGUUUAAUGAUGUUUGUAUAGAAUGGGGCUGGAUGGGGUAGAUCUUUGAGUGUUUCCCAAUGACUUUUUUGGGAGUUCACAAUUGCUCCUAGCUAGACUCUUCCCCAGAUAUAGGUCACAUUUAAUCACUCGAGACUAGGAAAACAGUGGAUCAGGAAUGCAGAAAUCCCCUACCACCC